AUGGCCGAGGCAGCUCCACGCACCGUGCUUAUCACUGGCUGCUCCUCAGGCAUCGGACUGUGCAUGGCUGUGCAACUAGCACGGGAUCCAGGAAGGCGAUUUCAUGUCAUUGCCACGAUGCGUGACCUGCGCAAAAAGGACAAGCUGGAGGCAGCAGCGGGUGACGCACUCAACCGGACCCUCAGCAUUCAGCGCCUUGAUGUCUGCAGUGAGGAAUCUGUAGCUGAAUGCAUUAACAGCCUUCCUGAGAAACAGCUGGAUGUGUUGGUGAACAAUGCUGGUGUGGGGCUCAUUGGCCCUCUGGAGUCCAUCAGCAUCGAUGCCAUGAAACACAUCUUUGAGACCAACUUCUUUGGUGCCAUCCGCAUGAUCAAGGCUGUGCUCCCUGCAAUGAAGCAGCGUCAGAAAGGACACAUUGUAGUCAUCAGCAGUGUCAUGGGAUUACAAGGUAUCCCUUUCAAUGAUGUCUACGCUGCCUCCAAGUUUGCCAUAGAGGGUUUCUGUGAAAGCCUUGCUGUGCAGCUCCUCAAAUUCAAAAUCUUCAUCUCUCUGGUAGAACCUGGCCCUAUUAACACCGAGUUUGAGAUGAAGCUGAUGGAGGAAGUGGCCCACUCUCAGUUCCCGGGAGCUGAUGCUACCACUGUGCACUACUUCAAGGAGAUCUACCUACCAGCCUCACAUGAAAUAUUCACCACCCUGGGCCAGUCCCCUGAGUCUGUGGCUAAGGCUGUUGUGAGUGUCAUCGCCAAAGAACACCCACCAUUCCGGACCCAGACAAACCCCCUGUACACACCAUUGGUAGCCCUGAAGUAUGCUGACACCUCAGGUGAAUUGUCCAUCAGCACCUAUUACAACCUGCUUUUCCGUUUCACCAGACUUUUCUACUUCAGCACAAGCUUCCUCAAAUGCAUUACAUGUAGGUGUUUUCGGCGCCAGAUCACACCUACCUGAGACCAAGUGGAGAAUGGCCUUGACGGUAUCCUCAUCCCUCAACUGUCUGGCUAAACUACAAGGAAUAACCAGAUCCAUUUAUGUGCAUGAGAGAUUUUACUAGGGACAAACUCACUCUUGUUUUAAGCAUAGUAGGUUCUGGUGAUCAUGUAGUGUGGGGUCAGGGUGAUGGGAGGUGGCAGAUCAAGCAAGUUCUUCAGGACUAGCAGGUUGAUUCCACAGCAAAACCAGAAGGUCCAAAUGUCCUGCCCUGUGGGCACAAACACUGGGAAGAGCAGAAGCCCAAGAUUCAUCAAGGCAUAUUCUUGCAAUGGCAAAUCAUGAUGUUACUUCCAAAUGCAGCUUUUAACACAAAUAGGAAAGUAAAAGCUAUGAAAUGCCUUGAUUGGAAGCUCUGGACCAGCAUCCACAAGUUUCCUCUGUGGUCUCUUUACCAGGUUUAGACCCUCAACAAUUGUCUGUCCUGCCUUUUUUACUUAGCCAAAAGAAAAUUACAAAUCA